CCGCCAUUUUGCGCCCCUCCAGAGCCAAAUAAGAUUUUCUGUUAGUCGGAACCCUAGCGUCCGAUUCUGCCUCAGCAAUGCCAAAAUUAGCGCCAACGAUCCAUUGAAAUCUGAGGAUGACUUUUCCAAUCAUGAAAUGGAAGGUUCAAUGGAAAAGAAUGAGAAUCAGCAGAAACAUCCCCAGAAAUCAAAUGAGGUACUGGAUAAACUGAGGAGAUAUGGACUUUCUGGAAUAUUGUCUUACGGAUUGUUGAAUACAGUCUACUAUCUUACAACGUUUCUCGUUGUGUGGUUCUACAUUGCACCAGCACCUGGGAAAAUGGGCUAUGUUGCAGCUGCUGGAAGAUUUCUCAAAAUAAUGGCUACAGUAUGGGCUGGAAGCCAAGUUACAAAGCUUGCAAGAGCUGCAGGGGCUCUUGCUUUGGCGCCAUUCGUAGACAGAGGGUUGUCAUGGUUCACCGUCAACUACAACUUCGAGUCUCAGGGGAAGGCAUUUAUGGCGAUUGUUGGGUUCUGCUUAGGAUUGGCUCUCUUGUUAUUCAUUGUUGUUACUCUGCUUUCAGCUUAAGACAACCUUGGAAAGGGCAAAUUUUUUGUUUGUUUUCGAGGACGAGGAUGGCAAAGUUGGAAGAAGGUGGAGAGAAAGUGAUGGCAAUCCAAGAUGGAAGCAGAAAGUUCAGUUGGAAUGCAGCCAUGGGAAUUGUAUGGGUGCUGAGGAACUCUCCAUUUAGAAAGGGAGAUGAAAUAACACUAUUAGUUGUUCUUCACCAGGUUAAUAAUCCUAGUAUGUAUGCUUUGAUGGAAGCUUCAAUGUUGGGACACAAACAGCGAGUGGAUUCAAACUCUAUGUUAGGGCUGAACGAAAACCUGAUAAAAAAGGAAAGUGCAAGGAAAAUGGAAGAAUAUACUAACAAUGAAGGAAUGCAUGAAAUUAUGGAUCUUUGUGAACUCAAAAAGAUAAGGUUCAAGGUGGAAGUUCAUGCAGGGCCUUCUGCAAAGAAAGUUGCUCUUGAAGCUGCUAAAAAUUACAAACCAACUUGGAUUAUCCUUGACAGGCGUAUGAAGAAAGAGAGAAAGUUCUUUCUAAAGAGGUUGAGUUGCAAGAUAUCAAGAAUGAAAGGGGACAACACAGUUCAUGAGUUGAGAGGGAAAUUGGGAGUGGGGAUUGGAAGCACUGAGGAGGACAAGGAUUUGUCGAUAUCUCUAACUUCUCUAAAUUACUUCCCAAAAACCUCUCCUUCUCAAUUUAGUUAUGCUGAGAUGAUACCAGGAAGUCCUCAACACCAACUUUCUUCAACAAAAAAAGAAGGAGAAGAAACGGACUUCUUCGAAGCGAAUUUAGAACGGCGGCAUCUCAACAAGAAACGGCCUACACUCUGCAAAUCAUCCUCUAGCGGUAACGUCAAUCAAUCGAAAUCAACGCCGAAAGAAAUUUCUUCAGGAGGAGGUGAUUCAUCUUCUUCCCCAUUCUCCAUUUCCGAUGACUUCAAAAUCUCCGCCUGUUCAAUUUGCCAUAUACGACGCCCCUUUGUUGGAUGGAGGAGGGAUUUCACUUACGCGGAGCUUCAUGCCGCUACCAAUGGAUUCUCCGAGCACAAUUUCCUUUCUGAAGGUGGGUUUGGUUCGGUUUAUAGUGGUGAAAUCGGUGGGAUUAGGAUUGCUGUCAAGCAACAUAAACUUGUUAGUUCUCAAGGGGAAAAGGAAUUCAGAUCUGAGGUUAAUGUUCUUAGCAAAGUGAGCCAUGAGAAUUUGGUGAUGCUUUUGGGUACGUGUAGAGAAGCAAGUCGCAGGCUGCUGCUUGUUUAUGAGUAUGUUUGCCAUGGAUCCUUGGAGAAACACUUGUCAAGGACUGCCCGCAGACCUCUUAGUUGGGAAAAGAGGAUGAAGAUAGCUAGAGGAGUUGCUAGAGGGUUACAAUAUCUGCAUAAAAAUAACAUCAUCCACAGAGAUAUGAGACCCAAUAAUAUCCUCAUAACUCAUGAUUAUGAGUCACGGCUAGGAGAUUUUGGACUAGCAAGAACUCAGUAUGAAGACUCUGCAGAGACAAGGGUUGUUGGGACAUUGGGAUACUUAGCACCAGAAUAUGCUGAAUUUGGUAAAGUAUCUACCAAAACCGAUGUUUAUGCCUUUGGCGUGGUCUUGUUACAGCUUAUUACUGGAUUGAGGACUACCGACAUGAUAUUUGAAGGAAAGAGUCUUGUGGGCUGGGCGAGACCAUUGCUAAAGGAAAGAAACUACCCUGAUUUAAUAGAUCCAAGAAUAGCAGACUCCCAUGAUUUCUACCAACUAUUUUGGAUGGUUGAUGUAGUAGUGAAAUGCCUGAGAAAGGAUCCUCGCAAGAGAAUAACCAUGAAUAAGGUACUUGAAUACUUCAAUUACCUAAUGGAUGGUGAUCCAACCGGCAACAUUGGAGACCUUUCUCCUGCAGAAUCAUGUACUCCGGCCAACGAAUAAUCGACAUCUUCGAAUCACAAGGUUCAUCCAAUAAAUGACUGCUAGGUAAACCAAAUCUUGCUGGAAACCACUGGGAAAUUCAACUCUAAAUAACAAAGAAAAGGAGAUAAUAGAAUAGACGUUGUGUGUUGUUUAGGAGAUAGGAUAUAUUAAACAUGUUAUACAUGAGAAGCACCAUUUCUGUUUUGUUGUACUGUUUCAUUGUGGCCUUUAUAACUGUUCCAAAUUGCUUCUGUAUUUGAUAGUUUAUAGCUGUGGAUAUGAGGUUGCUCUGAAUGAAAGUUCACAUUGGAUUAAACUUUCAACUCAUUCAAUUAUUUUGACUACUUUU